AUGGCCAGUAGCACCGAGCAUGCUCUGCCACGCAGCGAUGAUGACGACGCUGUUGUAUCAAAGUCGCCAAAUGUUGACAACACCGCGCCGCCACUCGACCAUCACGCCAACAGCAACGUCGGUUCGGAUGACAAGCCCAAGUUCUCCGACUGCCGAACAUGCGGCGCUCCUCUCUGGACGUGCGCCCACGGCUCCCUCAGCAGACUCCAGUCAGCAGCUCCCCGAAGCCUGCCUGUACCACCCUUCGAUGAGCUUGCUUCAAGCUGUUCAAGCAGCCCACCGGUCAGCCCGAGGACGACAGUAGGCCCAGCAGCACGCUGUUCGUACUUCUGGCCCGAGAUCAUCAGCCACAGCAUCAAGCGCCCCGACAACGCAGAGUCCCGCGCCAGGCCAGGCCCCGCCUGCACCUUUUGCUCCGCAAACCUCGACAUCUUCGCCGUCCCGCCCGCAAGCUCAUUGCCCGAAACAGAGCCCGCCAUCCUCCUCCACUGCGGCCACGUCCUGGGCGCAAACUGCAUGACGGCCAGCACCGCCCUCGGCAGCCCCCAGUGCCCCCUCUGCCUCUUCGACACGACCUGCCGCGGCUGCCGCGCGCCCGUGUCCAUCCCUCUGCCGACGGCCGCCGACGGCCCCCGCGCCCUGCCCCUGACCCUCGCGCAGGGGGAGCCCCUCGGGGGACGGGCCCCCACCCGGCCCGCCAAGGCCCUUUUUGCCCCUCGCUGCAACAGGGAAAGCGCAGAAACGACAGCGCCCCCCGCGGGGGGGGCCCUUUCCCCGGCCCCUUGUUCCAACAAGGGCUGCUCCCGAAACCCCGGUUUUCCCCCCUUCGCAAACCGCCCCCGCCCGCCCCCCUGUGUGCCCUGGCCGAAGAGCGACCCCUGCGGCCCCGGCCCCGUGUCUUUCUAUUGUGCCCAAAUCCCCUAA